AUCCUCCAGAUCGCCGAUGAUCGCGAAGCCGCCCGCGCCAACAUGCAGGCCCGCCCCGUCACGGCCCUCGCUGUCCAGAAGCACCUCGACAACUUCGGCCUCGGCGCCGAGUUCGGUACGCACUCGCGCAUGCGCGGUCUCUCGGGUGGCCAGAAGGUCAAGGUCGUCCUCGCCGCUGCCAUGUGGCUCAACCCGCACAUCCUUGUGCUCGAUGAACCGACCAACUUCUUGGAUCGCGAUUCGCUCGGUGCCCUUGCCGGUGCCAUCAAGGAGUUCGGCGGUGGUGUCGUGAUGAUUUCGCACAACCGUGAGUUCACGGAUGCGCUCGCCAUCGAGACGUGGAACGUCGUCGCCGGUCAGCUCUCGAUCGAGGGCCAGGUCGCCGAAGACAAGACCAAGAUCGAGCAGAUCGACGCCGAGGAGUCGGUCGACGCCUUCGGUAACAAGGUCGUCACCAAGGUCAAGCGAAAGCUCACCCGCAAGGAGCUCAAGGCCAAGCUCAAGGCCAAGAAGGACGCCGAGAAGCGUGGCGAGUACUACUCGGACUCGGACCUUGACGGCUACGAGGAGUAAAUGCGCAAGAAGGUCAUCGAUAGAGAAUCUUAGAGCUGCUUAACUACCUAUACUUAUACAUGCGCUAUGCUUUCUACA